AUGAAAAGUAAUUUCAACAUAGGAAUAAUUUCCAAGGAGCAAGUCCAAAAUGGACAGCUGAUGGUUUCUCAGAUUACGCCCACAACUGGCAGUGUGAACGGAGCAACAAGAAUUACAAUUGAAGGACAAGGCUUUGCAGAUGCCAACCAGUUCAAUUACGGAGAUGGCAACACCAACUUGGGCAACAGCGUCCAGCUUGUUUCCUCGUCCCUUUCAAUCCCGUGUGAUGUGGAGAAAGAUGCCAGCCAUGCCACACUGAUCACCUGCUACACAAGGCCUAUGCCGGCAGAUUAUUACAUGGUGCGUGUGAGCGUAGACGGUGUGCCUGUUGACACAAAAAACAUUUGCAAUGGAUAUUUCCAAUCCUGGUGGUGUAUGUUCCAGACAGAUAUGUACUACAGCCCCGUGAUUAACAGUAUAGCGCCGCAAACUGGAUCUCCAGGAUCGAUGAUCACAAUCGCAGGCAAAAUCUUCACUGACGUCUAUGGCAGUAACACGGCUUUGAGUUCCAAUGGGAAAAAUGUCCGCAUUCUAAGAGUUUAUGCAGGAGGGAUGCCGUGUGAUCUGCUGGUACCUAAUUCUGAUACACUGUAUGGACUACAGCUUGACAGUGUCUACAGCGAUACAGGCUCAAUGAUCUGCUAUUCCACCGGGACGUAUGUCGGGCAUCUCAAUAUCAGCUUUAUUCUAGACAGCAAUUAUGGAAGGAGUUUUCCAAGUCUGGCCACAUACUUUGUGUCUUCCCUCAAUAAAAUUGCCAUGUUCCAGACCUAUGCAGUGAUUACUGGGGUCUUCCCAUCUGCCGGGAGCACGCAAGGAGGGACAAUUGUCACAAUAACCGGACAGUACUUCGACCAAACCGACGCUCCAGCCAAAGUGCUUGUGGGAGGUCAGGAAUGCCUGGUUCUCGGAUUAACAGACACAACAAUAACUUGCAGGACACCGCCAAAGCCACCCGUUCUCCCUGCUCUCUUCCCAGGAAGCCGAGGACUAAAGAUGGAGAGAUGGAACUCCACUGUCUCAGUGAAUAAUGCAGUAAUGUUAAAUGAAAACUCAACAGGCUACGUUGGCGCCUCUUGGAUUGAUGGAUCAUCGAGAUCUUGGCCACUGGAGACUUCUGCUUUUAUUGCACGUUUCAGUGGCUUCUUUGUGCCCCCAGAGACAGAUUACUACAAUUUCUAUAUCAGGGGAGAUGAUACAUACGCCCUAUAUUUCAAUGAAACCGGUGACCCAGCAGGCAAGGUACAAAUUGCGUAUGGUGGUUACUACGCAACAUCUUACUUUUGGUAUCCAUCACAGAAGUCAAAGACUUUUCUCCUCCAGAAGGGACAACUAUGUUACUUUGAGGCAUAUAUCCAGAAUUACUACUGGUCUGCCAGAAUGGAUGUUGGAUUAUACAAACGAGAAAGCUCAUACACGGACCAACAAACAGUGGAUGCAGAAAAUGAGGUGCAGGCCAUACAGUCCCGAAGUGACACAGUUCUAGAACAGCAGAUCAUAACUUUACAAAACUGGGACACACCACAAAAAGCAGUAUAUGAAGUUCAAACAAUUACAGUGACCAGCAAUUGUACUUCCCUGUGUCCACCCAUGUAUUACACGCUCGCCUACGGGACUGAGGAAACAGUUCCCUUGUCAGCGGAUGCGAGUGCUGCUGAUGUCCAGGCAGCAUUAAACCAGAUAUGGUCCAUACAACCGGACACGGUGAUCGUAGAACAGGAUAAUUCAGGGGUCUACACCGUCACCUUCGUUUCACAAAGAGGGGACUUCCAACUUCUUACGUAUGGCAUUCUGUAUGGAAGUAACAUUACACUGGAUAUUGAGGAGAAGACUAAAGGGGCUUCGGAUAUGCAGACUUUCACACUAGUAUGGGACAAUGUCUACUCCAAACCUUUGUCCGUCAGUGCAUCCUCUGCACAGGUACGAAGCGUGAUACUAGAUAUGGUUAGCGCACAAUGCCCGGACGCCAUAGCUAAACAAGCGGAAAGUUUAUCAGUCAAAUACUUCAGGAACUACGAAACUGAUUUCUCCUCGCAAUCUUACUACAGGGGCUUUGUAACAAGUGAGACUGAAGCAUUUUGCGGACGGUAUUCCUUGAAGAAUCCAUCAGUGUUGUAUGAUUCAGCGGAGGCGUCGUACGGUCCCCUAUCGCUCACUUUGUAUAGCAAGCUCUGCUUUGCCUAUAAAGGACUAGUGACAAGUUACAUUGGGCUCUAUUUCCAAUAUGAAGACAAGAGCAGUCUUGGCACAGUUACCACCAUAAGUGCCAAUUUCUACUACAACUUUGUACCAGGGAACAGCUGGACGUACACUUGCAUAGAUUUGCUGAGCCUCGUGAAAACCCAAUACUCCGGUAGGAACUUCAACGUGCUCUCCAUCAGCUUAGCGUCCCCGCAGGGUUACUAUGUGGACGUCCUGUACAUUGGACAGACCGUAACAACAAGUGACUUCAAUGGUAAAGUUAUGAGACGGGCACCAGCUUUGUCAAACGAUGGAAUUCUACUCAGCGAUGUCAGUGUGGCCAGCACAGUCCUUAGCACAUACAGAAGCCAGUAUACCGUCACCAUUACGCCAUACAACUGCGGAUACAAUUUCCCCCUAUUUGCUGUUGGAUUAGCAGAGGUACGUGCGGACAUAAAUAGCCAUACUGCCAUCUACGGUACAUCGUCAUGGACCACUGGGUCCUCUAUCCAAAUAAACCGCACCCAGACAGCGUCUCCUCCCAUUGGGGGAACAUUUAGUAUCCAAGCUUAUGGGAAAGAAAUAACAGGCCUUGCUGUGGACAUAUCAGCAGUUGAUCUAAAAUACGCCCUAGAAACCGUCCCGGAUAUGGGACAAGUAUCUAUCAUAUCCAGCUAUGGAGACUGCAGGGGAUACACGUCACAGAUAAAGUUCCUCACAGCGACGGGAUACCAGCCUCUCUUACAGGUAAACGAUUCCGCUGUCACCGGCUUAAAUGCUGCAGUAUCCGCAGUAAAAAUUAGCAGUGGAGGCCUGUUUCGCCAGCAGAUACUUGGGGAUCUGUUGAGGACGGUGCACAAUACACCACAGAUUGAAGUCUACAUAAAUGGUCUCCCAUCAAAAUGCUCCGGAAACUGUGGCUACACCUGGAGUGCGCAACAAACACCAGUUGUUCAUUCCCUGAAUACAGUUGUGAGCGGGGAAGACCAGUUGCUGAUAAUUAACGGAAGCGGGUUCUCUAACAGUUUUGCCAAAGACACAACCUCCGUCACAAUCGGCAAUCUCUCCUGCACAAUUCUUAGCCUCACCGCUAAUAAUAUCAGCUGCCUGGUACCGGAGGUGAGCGCAGGAACGUUCCCGGUCACAGUGUACAUUGCAGAAGCUGGAUUUGCAGUAUCCAGUGGUGUAGACCUGACCUUCACCUACCAGAUCACUGUCUCCUCUAUUGCGCCCUCGUCAGGAAGCCUUGCAGGGGGCACACUGGUAACCAUUCUUGGCAUGGGAUUUAGCGGUAACACAACAGUGGAGCUCGGCAACAGUUCCUGUAAUGUUAUCUUUGCCAACCUGAGUAUGAUUCAGUGCCGGACCUCUGCAGGCUCAUCUGGCACUUUUGAUGUUAUUGUUUCCACCAAUGGACUUAAUGGAACAUUGCCGAAUGCCUUCAGUUACACCUCUGUGUCUGCUCCAACCAUAACCGGCACCAGUCCAACCAGCAGCACAGUUUUGGGCAACACAACCCUGACCAUUUCAGGCUUUAGCUUCGGCAGUCAGACAGCAUCCAGCUCUGUUAUAAUUGGAGAUCAGGCGUGCCAGCUUCUGGAGUGGAAUGCAACAUAUAUUACGUGUCUUCUUCCUGCGCUUCCCCCAGGGACGUACGCCGUCUUGGUAGAAGUUGAAAGCUGGGGAUUUGCCAUAUCCAAUAUGGGCAAUGAAGCGUCGAUAAUAUACAUUCUAGAUGUGAACGGUAUCUUCCCGCAGUAUGGAUCCCUAUACGGAGGUUCUCAGAUCACUGUGACGGGAUUAGGAUUUAGCUCUGUCCCAGAAGAUAACCAAGUAACCAUAGGUUCUCUCCCAUGCAUCGUCACUGCGAGUUCCAACAAUGAGCUGACAUGUGAUAUCCAAAGACCUGGAAAUGUGUUUACUGUAACGAAUGCUGGAAAAGACGCAGUAUAUGGCUUGGGCUACGCCUGGUCACCGCCGCGGCUGGAUAUAUCCACAGGAGACACGGUGGUUUGGCAAUGGCAGUCUCAGCCCUUUAUACUGGGAAUAGGAUACAGAGUAUUCUCAGUGUCGGAUCCUUCCAACCUCACCCACGAUGGCAUUUCCUUCAACAGUGGUGCCCGAGCGCCCUCAGGUGUCUUUUCAUAUCAGUUCACAUCUCCGGGGACCUAUUACUACAGCAGUGGUUACGUUAACGACAGACAGACCAUAUUUAUGCAAGGGACGAUCGAUGUAUCGCCAAUCAGUGAUCACACCAGCGCAGUGACUUUAUCAGUAGGAGGGAUAGAGGCCAGUUAUAUUCCAGGUAAAGUAGCCAGACCUCUGAGGGAGAUUGACGGCUGCGCUACCCCGGAUCCACCUUGUCCUCAGCUCACCAACUUCUCUUCCAGCAAUAAUUCUUUAUGGUUUGGGUUCUCAAGUUGUUAUUCACCAUCAAUCACUAGCAUCACCCCAACCUCUGGAACAAUACAUGACCCAAUAACCAUCAACGGAACUGGUUUCAGUAACCUCACGUGCGGAAACAAGGUCUUGAUUGGAUCAUAUCCAUGUGUGGUGUCCUCCGCCGAUGAGAAUUCAGUAACGUGCAAUGUAGAUCCUCAGGGUUCCAUGGAUGUUGGGGUUGCAGAAAUGGUGUCUCUUACAGUAAACAAUCGUGGAAAUGCCAUCAACACUUUAAAACUUGAGCUGGAAAGACGAUUUGCCCUGUUGCCUCACAUUGACUCUGUCACGCCAACCACUGGAUCAAUCACUGGAUCUACAAGGAUAACCAUACACGGGUCGGGCUUCUCAAAUACAAAUGACAGCACCACCAUCACAGGUUUAGGUUGUACAAUCUUGUCUGUGAAUUACACGGAUAUUGUAUGUGACACUCUGCCCGCUUAUGCCCACAGCGUUGAUGUUGAAGUUGCAAUCAAUGGAAUCCCCACCCAGUGCAAAAGAUCCUGCAGCUAUAUGUACUCCGCUGCAAUGAUACCUAGUGUAUCAAGCGUUAAUCCAGCCGUAAUACGUAACACCUCCACCACGUUAUAUGUCAGUGGUCUUGGUUUUGGAACAGAUGUGAAUGACGUAGCUGUUUAUGUCGGAGAUUAUCCGAUAAACGUGGUGGAUGUCAAUGAUACAGAUAUUAUAAGUAUUAUAGAUCCUGUCCCUGCUGGUUAUUAUCCAGUGAUUGUUAUUGUCCACAGCAAAGGUUUGGCACAAGGCCCUGUCACCAUCAACAGCCCUGCUGAAGCCACUCUCUUGACAGCCUCCGGAAGUGUUGUUGGUGGGAGUCUUCUACGCAUAGAAGGCAAUGGAUUUCAUCCUAACUAUACUGCUGUAAAAAUUGACGGCACUCUAUGCCCCAUUGCAGCAGUAACUCCCGGUAGCGUUGAUUGUAUCACUCCUCCUAGCACAGCCGCCAAAACUGCCACCGUUAUCAUCGACAUACCCUCCCUAUCUUAUCCGCCACUCAGCUUUCUCUAUUCAGAGGCGGACACCCCAACAGUGACUUCAGUUCUUCCAGAAACAGGUCCAUCAGGGACUGCCGUCACAGUGUCUGGCUCACUUUUUGGUUUGGAUGCCUCACAAAUCCUGGUGAUCAUUGGCAAUGCCUUGUGUAACAUCACAGCAGUGUCUGAUAGCCAGUUGAACUGCACCGUUGGGGACAACUGGGGCGGCACAUUCCCUGUAACCGUGCAUAACGAGAAAGGGUUUGCAAGAUCCGGUGCAGCAUUUACAUACGAACUUAGUAUCGACAGCGUCUCUCCAAAUCAAGGCAGCUUUGGUGGAGGAUUAGUUCUGACAAUCUCCGGCUCUGGUUUUGCCGAGCAUCUUUCCAAUGUACUCGUCUGCAACUCUUCAUGCACAGUAGACAGAGUGAGAUCCAAUGCAAAUUUCCUAUUCUGCGAAGUGCCCGUGAGUAAUGGUACCAAUACCACUUCCCAAAGCUGUAAUGUCCAGGUCAUAAAUGGAAAUUCUUCUGUCCAGAUCAAUAACUCCUUUUCUUACUCUUCUGCAUUAACCCCUGUUAUAUAUGAUGUCACCCCUAAAAGAGGAGGCACUGCCGGGGGAACAAGACUCACCAUUACCGGAUCCCAGUUCAGCAUGAACACAUCAAGUAUGACUGUCACAAUUGCACAAGCUGUUUGUAAUAUUCAGUCAUCUAACAGCACCCAGAUCGUUUGCAUAACAAGUGCUCAAUCACCUUCACGAAGAGCUAAAGUCAGGGUGUUCAUCGACGGACAAGGAAUUGCUAAAUUGGACAAUGCUGACUUCUUCUACAUUGACGUCUGGUCCUCUAAGUACACCUGGGGAGGUGAGUCGCCCCCAGACGAAGGGUCAUUGGCCGUAAUCACAGCAGGACAAACCAUAUUGCUGGAUCAGAGUACACCUGUGCUGAAGAUGCUGCUGAUUCAAGGAGGAACUCUGAUCUUUGAUGAGGCGGAUAUUGAACUGCAGUCUGAGAAUAUCCUUAUCACCGAUGGCGGCGUGCUUCAGAUUGGCACAGAGGCUGCCCCAUUCCAGCACAAAGCAAUUAUUACCCUACACGGUCAUUUACGAUCUCCAGAGUUACCUCUGUAUGGGGCAAAAACAUUGGCUGUGAGACAAGGAACAUUGGACCUACAUGGUAUCCCAAUACCUGUGACGUGGACCCGGCUCGCUCAGACUGCUGAGGCAGGAAGCUCUACACUGAUUCUACAGAAAAGUGUCACCUGGAAAGCUGGGGAUGAAAUAGUGAUCGCAUCGACAGGACACAGACAUAGUCAAAAAGAGACUGAGAAGCGCACUAUAGACUCCAUAUCUCCAGAUGGCAAAAAUGUGACUUUAACGGCGCCAUUGGUGUACAAGCACUUGGGUAUAUCAGUCACUCUACCUGAUAACACUGUGUUUGAAGCAAGAGCAGAAGUAGGUGUACUUACCAGGAACAUCCUCGUCAGAGGGAGUACCAAUGUGGAAUGGAGCGACACAAUACCAGCAUGUCCAGAUGGAUUUGAUACCGGUGAAUUUGCGACGCAAACUUGUUUCCAGGGCAGGUUUGGUGAAGAAAUAGGAAGCGACCAGUUUGGAGGAUGUAUAAUGUUUCAUGCUCCACAGCCAGAUAAACUUCUGUCCAUUGGAAGAAUAGAAUAUGUGGAGGUUUUUCAUGCCGGGCAAGCCUUCCGAUUAGGCCGCUAUCCGAUACACUGGCAUUUAAUGGGCAAUGUCCAGUACAAGUCCUAUGUACGAGGCUGUGGAAUCCAUCAGACCUACAACAGGGCAGUCACCAUCCAUAACACUCACAACCUGCUUGUCGAACACAACGUCAUCUAUGACAUCAUGGGAGGGGCGUUCUUCAUUGAAGAUGGCAUUGAGCACGGAAAUAUACUCCAGUACAACUUGGCUUUAUUUGUCCAACAAAGUACCAGUCUACUCAAUGACGACGUUACUCCAGCGGGCUUCUGGGUGACCAAUCCCAAUAACACAAUUAGGCACAACGCAGCUGCCGGUGGUACACACUUUGGCUUUUGGUACAGGAUGCACAAUAACCCCGAUGGAUCUUCCUAUGACCCAAACAUCUGCCAGAAGCAGGUCCCGCUUGGGGAAUUCUACAAUAACACUGUUCACUCUCAGGGGUGGUUUGGCAUAUGGAUCUUUGAAGAAUAUUUCCCCAUGGUAACAGGCUCCUGCUCUUCCACUACACCAUCCCCAGCUAUCUUCAAAUCUCUGACCACUUGGAAUUGCCAGAAAGGUGCAGAAUGGGUGAACGGCGGUGCCCUCCAAUUUCAUAACUUCACUAUGGUCAAUAACGAGGAUUCCGGCAUAGAAACCAAAAGGGUCGUUUCAAGUUACGUCAGUGGCUGGGGAGAGAGUGGUGGAGCUGUCCUGAAAAAUGCUAUCAUUGUGGGUCAUCUGGAUGAACUAGGACUCGGCUCCAAUUACUGCACCGCCAGGGGCAUCACGCUUCCAUUCGACGAAGGACUCACAGUUUCUUCCGUGAAGUUCAUGAAUUUUGACCGUCCAAACUGCGCAGCGAUUGCAGUUACAUCGAUUGUCGGGCUCUGUACAGAUAGGUGUGGAGGCUGGAGUGCAAAGUUUGAUGGGAUCCAGUUCUUCAAUUCAUCUAACAAGGCAGGAUUCAGAUGGGAGCAUGAAGUGGUUUUAAUUGACACAGAUGGGACCCUAACAGGGAUGACGGGAGCUAAAGUAGUACCAGAAAGUAGGCUGCUCGAUCCCUCACAGUGCAGCCAAAGCAACGACUGGAGCGCCGGCUUCCCCGGUUAUGUCUGUAAUUCUACCGUCAGCUUUCACCGACUGGGCUUUAAUAACCCAACCCCGUCGUCUCUCCUUGGGAAAAAUGCUAUAAUUUCCAACUCUUUCGGCGUCAGCGUUGUUCCCUUCCUACAGAAACGCCUGACCCACGCUCCUGGUUGGAUGGCCCUGCUGCCUGACUCAAACUCUUACAACUGGUAUUUCCAAAACGCGGCUUUCACCACAAACAUCUCUUACUCAUCCACUUUCUACGGAUUCAAGAGUGAGGACUAUGUGCUAAUGUCCCACAACUUUACUCAACGGCCGGACCAGUUUAGAAUAAUCGAUGUGCGUAAUGGUUCCAGCCAGCCGCUGACCUGGAGCAAUAACAGCAACGGAGACUGGUAUUUUAAUGACAACACAACUACACUGACCUACCUAGUGUCUGGAAAACGCAAACUCCGGAGGCGGGCCGUGGCAGGGAGGCUGGACCCAACUAUGUCUAACACCAACGUAAACCUGCUGGUCUACCAAUGCUAUUUCCAGAACUGCAUCCCCCCUCCUCCUCCAACUAAAGCAACGUUAAACCCAUCAUUGCAUGAUCUGUGGUCUAAUGACUCCUUCUGGGACUCUUCAGUAGAAAACAACAACACUGUCCCAAAAUCGGGAUCUACUGUUGUGAUCCCGGCAGGCCGGUGGGUUGUAGCUGAUGUAGAAAUCCCUCCUCUGCAAACACUGAUCAUUUACGGCGUCUUGGAGUUGAGAAACCUCACAGCCAACUCAACAGCUCAAUCUGCUGCCACCUUCAACACUACUGUCCUCAGUGCUACUUACAUCUCCAUACAGGGUGGAAGAUUAAUAGGAGGCACAGAGAGUGACUCAUUCCAGGGGGAACUACAUAUUAUAUUAAAUGGAAACCAUUCAACCCCCGAAUUCCCAUUGCCAAAUGGACCGAAUCAGGGCUCAAAAGUUAUAGGUGUCUUUGGGGAACUUGACCUACAUGGACUUCCUCGCUCAGUAUAUAAAACCAGGCUGGCAGAGACGGCACCGGCAGGAUCAGUAUACAUCAAUUUGGUGGAGCCCGUAGACUGGAAGGUGGGGGAGGACGUUCUCAUCACCACCACCAGCUAUAGCACUUGGCAGACAGAAACCAGGAGAAUCGUCGCUGUUUCACUUGACCAGAGAAGUUUCACUUUAAAUGUAUCGCUCAACUUUACCCACUCUGCUCACACCUAUCAAAUACCAAACACAACCCUGAAUUACACUCUAGCGGCUGAUGUCGCCCUGCUUAGCAGAAACAUUAAGAUCAUUGGCCAGGAUUACCCUGGGUGGUACAGUGAAUCGUUUGGUGCCCGUGUCCUCGUCAGCUCCUUUAAAGCAAACAAUAUGGUAUAUCAAGGCAGUGCACGAAUAGAGAAUGUUGAAUUCUACCACACCGGUCAGGAAGGCUACAGAGAUCCCACAGACCCACGGUAUUCAUUGGCGUUUCUCAACCUUGGAGAGGUGUCUUCAAAUGAUUCCUACGUUAAGGGGUGCGCCUUCCACAAUGGAUUUUCUCCAGCAAUCGGUGUUUUUUACACAAAUGGAAUAGACGUCGAUGACAAUAUUAUCCAUUUCACCGUAGGAGAAGGAAUCAGAAUAUGGGGAGAACGUGUAAACGUCAGAGGGAAUCUGGUCGCUCUUUCCGUCUGGCCCGGUAACUACCAAAACAGACAGGAAGCAACUAACAUCCUGUGGCACGCUGGCAUAGAGAUCAAUGCAGGCACCGAUAUCGUGCUUCAGAAUAAUGUGGUUGCUGGGUUUGAAAGAGUUGGAUAUCGCAUCAACGGAGAACCCUGCCAAGAUGUCCCUAAUCCCAAUCAGCAAUGGUUCAACAAUGAGGCACACGGAGGGUUAUACGGGGUCUACAUGAAUCAAGAUGGGCUUGACGGCUGCUCUCUUGUCAGAAGAUUUACAGUAUGGAAAUGCUGGGAUUACGGCAUUUACAUCCAGAUCGUCCCCUCGGUGCAGAUCUCUGAAGUGUUACUCGCAGAGAACGGGAUGGGGGUGCUGUCUAUUAUAUACACCCCUGCUUCCGUCACCCACCAAUAUUCCAACAAAACCGUUCAGAUCUCGAACUCCUUGCUCAUUGGAAGUAGCCCAGAUUUUGAUUGCAGUGACGUCUUGACGGUCAGCGAUCCCAACAUCGCACUUUCUAUGAUCCAUCGCAGUUCCCGGCCUCUGACAGGUGGCAGAAGUGGCAUCAACUGGCCAACCUUUGCCUCUGGCCAUAAUGAGGCGCCAGGACACCCGCAUGCAGGGAUAAUGAGCUACAAUGCAAUCAGCGGCCUCAUGACCGUGACAGACACAACGUUUGUGGCGUACCGGAACGUGUGUUCUGGGGAGGCCAAUGUGAUAUUUAUGACAAACCCAGAGAAUGAAGACUUGCAGCACCCCAUAGAAGUCUCCAGAAUAGCCAUGUUCAACAGUUCCGUGGACCAGAAAGUGUUCAUCCACCGACCAGAUGUGACCAAAGCCAACCCAUCCGACUGUGUAGACAUGGACUGCGAUGCUAAGAAGAAGGCGCUGCUGAAAGAUCUUGAUGGCUCUUUCCUGGGGGCAGUUGGUGCUGUGGUGCCGCAGUCGGAAUAUCAGUGGAACGGAGACCCAAGAGACGGCCUCGGAGACUACCGCAUUCCAAAAGUGAUGCUGACCAGCCUGAACGGAAGCCGCAUCCCAGUGUCACAGGUGGCUCCAAACAAGGGGAUUAUUAGGGACAAUACCUGCGUCUACAUGUCAGCCUGGGAGAGCUAUAAAUGCAGCGGGCUGAACUACGAAAUGCUCGCCAUUGAGAGUCUAGAUCCAGACACCGAGACCAGGCGCCUUUCCCCAGUGGCUGUGCUGGAGAACGGAUAUGUGGACCUUAUUAAUGGUCCCCAAGACCAUGGUUGGUGCUCCGGCUACACCUGCCAGAAGAGAGUCUCCUUGUUCCACUCAAUAGUGGCGACAAACAAGACUUUUGACAUCUAUUUCACCAGCACCAGUCCCCAGAAUAUGCGUCUUAUGAUGCUGAACGUCAACAAUACAAAAUCCGUCCUUGUUGGAAUUUAUUUCUCAAAUCCCCAGCGCCUGGAUGUCUACGUUAACGGAGUCUAUAUAAACCCAACUAAUAUACAAUGGAAGGGAUCCGAUUUCACUUUACUGGGCCCGACUUAUGAUGGCCAGUAUAUGCCUCAGCUCAACUCCUCUGUAUUGGGAGAAAACUUCUUUGACAGCACUUACAACAUGCUGUACGUCUUGGUCAGAGGAUCCAGCCCGGUGGAAAUACAUACAUCUCCUCUGAUUGUUCUGGCGUUUAACCUCCCGGCACUGACAGUGGAUCAGUUUUACGGUGCCAACCUCGUCACCAACCUUGCGCUUUUCCUCAAGAUCCCUGCCAGCAAGAUCCGCAUUACGAAGAUAAUUGCUGAGGGUUCCAGGAGCAGGAAGAGAUCCGCAGGGGGGCUCACCGUUUCCGUGGAGAUUUCCGAUCCCCCCGCUCAGCAGAGAAACGAUACAAACUCAACGGGUGGAUUGACAUACUCUGACUUCCAGUCUUUGAGUAAAAAUUUGGCUUCUGCUUCAAUCAAUGGAAGUCUCAGCACUUUCCUAAAUGUUACUGUCUCAUCACUGUCCGUUUCCAGCCCUGUCCCAUCUCCUAGUGACCCCGCCUGGAGUCAGGUGGCAUCGCAGUCUGUCAACAGAACGGAGUCAUCAGGUGGAAGUUACUUGGCUGCUGUAUCCGCACUGAGGGUGAUCACUCAGCCGGUGGCAGGCCUGCCAGGAGCGAUGCUUUCCCAGCAGCCGUGUGUAAUAGCCGUGGAUUCCAAUGGAAACUGCGUCUCUGUAAGCGCGAGCGCAUUCUCACUGACGGCGACGCUGAAAGACUCGAACAACAACUACGUCAGCGAUGGACUCGGCGGAAACACUACAAUUUUGUUUGACAGCUGCUACGCCAACUUCACCGACCUUGUCCUGAAGCCAGCAGGGAGAGGAUACACACUGGAAUUCGUGCUAAACAAUGUCUAUGCACAGACGAGAUCGUUUGAUGCUAAAAGUUCAUCAGCCAGUACAGCAGACACUUCAACAGCCACUACCGCCACCACAGCCACUACCACCACAUCCACUCCCGGCAGUGGAAACUCAGCUGCUGCCAUCUACAGUCCCCUCCAAGUAUUGCUGCUGCUGGCCUGCACCCUGAUUGCCAUAAAUCUGUUUAUGGACGCUCUUUAAAAAAUAGACUGUCUCACAGUCCACCAAUCAGGAAUCGUGGAAAACAUGGCUUUAUGGAAGAAUACAUUGCUUCAUAUAGUGUAACUCCCAAAUAUAAAUGUAUACCAUGAACACAAUCAAUAUAAAUACUGUAUCCUACAUAUAUUAAAGAGAAAACGAAAACAAAUGAAGCUGGAAAGGAAGAGCUCAUGAUUCACCACUAAAGCUGGAAGCAAUCUGCCGUCAGGAUUUCCCCGUGGCGGAGUUAUGGACAUCAGUGGGAUCCUUGUUCUUCUUCGUUGAAUUUUGAUGUUUUUCCCUUUUGAAACAAUCAAAAUAAAGUCAUUCUAAUGUCA